AAAGCUUUGGACGUGAGGAAGGAAGACAGCGGAAAAGCUGUCGAAAAUAUAUUUUCUUAUCCUGUUGCUAGUAGAAUGUACGAGAUGCCUGACGAAGUCAAGGAUGAACUAGAUGUAAUGGCUUGUAAUGAAGUUGGUUUGAGCGUGAGCGACAGUUCAGUAGUACCAUUAGAAUCGACAGCUUUAAGAAUACCACGGCAGAGUUCCGCAGCUUUAACUACAAACAGUGGUAAUUCUGUUUCUGAUUUUUCUUCAUCUUUGUCUUCAAAGACAAGGAUAAGGAAAUCUACUCCUGCACACCAUCAUCUGAGUGCUUUAAAAGAACUCAUGGAAGUGUGGAACAUCAAGUCAAAUGAAGUUAACGACUCUGCGGAGGAUAGGUACCAGCUGUUGGAGUUACGUGAUAAAAUACUGAGGCUAAAACGAGGCAAACAGUCUGACCUAUCAACAGCAGUGGUUACUCGAGGAACAUGCCCUGACAUGUGUCCUGAAAAAGAGCGUUACCAAAGAGAGUCUAGGCAUCAAGUAGCUUUGUAUGAAUACGAUGCAAGUAAGGAGGUUGUUAUGGAUCAUGCACUUGCAGUGAAGCAAUAUUCUAGAAGUUCAGCAGAUCAGGAGGAACCUCUUCCGCAUGACUUAAGACCUCCUCAUGUCCUGCGUAUGACAAUGGAUUAUCUUUUAGCAAAAGUCAUGGAUCGUUGUGACAAUAAGGAUGAAAACUUGGGUGACUGGUACCAUUUCUUGUGGGAUCGUACACGAGGGAUAAGGAAGGACAUAACACAGCAAGAAUUAUGUGAUAAAGAUGCCGUAAGGUUAGUCGAGCAAUGUGCACGCUUUCACAUCCACUGCUCUGAGAGGCUUGUGGCCGAAGAUACAAGUGUCUUUGAUAACAAGAUAAACUCAGAAAAUUUGACAAAAUGUUUGCAGACUUUGAAGUACAUGUAUCAUGACAUGUCGUUGAAAGGGAUUUGUUGCCCGAAUGAAGCAGAAUUUAGGGGCUACAUCAUACUUCUGAACUUGAAUGAUGCAAAUUUCAUGUGGGAACUCAAAGAAUUGAGUCCAGAAAUAGUCAAUUCUGAACCAGUAAAGUUUGCUAUUGAGGUGUCGCUCGCAUUAAGCAUGGAUAAUUAUGUUAGAUUUUUUAAGCUGGUAAGGCGUACAACGUAUCUGAAUGCCUGCAUUCUGCUGCGGUACUUUGCUCAGGUCCGUUCCAAGGCUUUUUUCUCAAUCUUGAGGUCACAUUGUUUUGGGAAUAAGCAGUCUGUGCUAGCAAUUCAAGACUUUGCAAGAUGGCUUGCUUUUGAGAAUGUGAGGGAUGCUGCAGUGUUUUGUUACCAUUACGGCUUAGGGCUAAAUGCUGACAACACUGAAGUGAUACUGUGCAAAGAUUCCUUGCAGAUUCCAUCUCAUGCAUUACCUGUUGGUCGUGCUAUUUUGCUCAUUGAAAGGAAGAGAACAUGUUCGGUGGGAGAGGUGGUGAACGGCGGACCGCUGACGUUGGACACGUUUCAGAAUUACAAGCCACAGUCCAGCUUCAACAUUGAUGGUACUGUUAACCAGGAAACCAUGGAUGCACUAAAUAAGAUGUUUAAUUUAGAAACAUCAAAACCUCCAUGCAAGGGUGGUAAGUCGGAGUGUGGCGUAUCUGAUGACGUUGCUAAAAUGAGUGACGUGGAGAGAAUUGGUCAUCAGGAGCAAGCUAUAGAAGAAGCUGAGACAUGGAAGUCAAAUGAAAUGAUGCAAGGCAUGUUAUCUGAGAUUAUUCAGGAAGAGCUCCAGGUUUUCAGUGACAGAUUAACGAAUGUUGGUCUUCUGGAACUGGAUGAAAUGCUGUUAGAUGUGACUUGCGAUUUGACAAGGGAAAUUUAUAAGGAUGUGGUCGCCACUGAGAAAGAAAUUGCAAGGCAGGAAGCAGAAGAAAUUGCAAAGAAGGAGGAGGCAGAGCGUCAGAAGUUUGUGGACGUUAAAGCUGCAGAGUUCUUGGAUAUAUUUCUGUCUGGCUGUGUGACUGAACUCAUCAAAGAAAUUUGUGAAGAAGAACAGCAUUUUCAUGAGUUAUGUUUACAACAGAUGUCUGGUAUCUUGAUUGAAGUCACUUUGGAGGAUUGCAAAAAUAUUUUGAAGAAUGUUAUCAAAGAGGAGCAUUUGGAAUUACUAUUACGGAAACGGCAGGUAUCUGAUCUCAGGAAUUAUUUCAAUAUUUGGAAAAGUUCAGUAAGAAGAAUGAAGCUGUUCAGGAAAUGUAUGUCUGAGUUUCCUGCUUGGAUGUCAUCUUUAACAGUAAAGGAACAAAUUUUACAUCUUGAGAAGCCACAGAUCAUUGGUAAAACAGUUGCAAAAUUUUCCUUACCUGCUCAUACUAUGGACAGUAUGAAUAAAAUACCUGUGUUUGAUAUUGUGUCAUGUGAGCUGUACAUCAGUCCAAGCAGACAGUACUCUGUGCAAAAAUACUUCAAAAUGGUGGUGUCAAUCCCUGAUGAAGUAGAAUCUCCAACAUAUGGAUGGUUUGUCAAAAAGUAUACAGAAAAUGUAUUUUCUACAAAUAAAGAUGCAGAUGCACUUAACCAGGCAGAACCUCUCCUGCUGGAAAGGAAACUUCUGUCUGCGGCUUCAGAGUUGACAGUCAGUGUGAGAUGCCUUGUUGGUCCAGAUAUGAUCGAAGGUGGAAUCUCUAACCCUGAAGCUAUGGCUGGAACGAAUGGUCUUCUUUUUCUGGUUUGCCAUGAUUCUGUAUCAGAAUCUACUAAGAGAAGAUUACACGAAGUGAUUAAAUCAAAGCAUCACUAUGGUGGAAUUCCUGUAGCGUUCCUUGUGACGGACUGCCUGGGCAAAGAACAGAUGAAAGUGGAUCUGAACAUAGAAUCACUAAUGUAUGAAACUGGAAUUCGUAUUGGCGAAUUUUUUUAUCGCAAGCCAAAUUGGAAAAGUGGAUUGGAAGACAUGUUCUGCAAAGCCGUGUUUUGGCUCGCUCAAAAUACCGAUGAUGUUCCACUGGCAUUCUGCACCACAGCAGAGAAUGUAAUGCGCAAAUACUUGGGAGACCAACUCUGGGAAAAAUUUGAAUUUCAUGAAAACAGCAGUGAUGAAGAUGCAGGAAUAAAAAUGAAUCUAGAAUCACUGAUACAUAUUCACAACAGAGCAUGCCAUGAAUUGCUGAAGAUUGUAACUGAAGAAACCCUAAAUAAAUGUACAAUUGGAGCACCAGAAUUUGUGAAGUAUAUUCCUGCAGUUAAUAUUGAAGAAUGUUCUUCAACCAAACUGUAUAAAGUCAUGCCACCAUAUUUUGGAUCACCAGAGUAUAAAAAUUCUUUAUUUGAGCUAUUGAAGAGUGCGCAGUUUAAGCCCAUUACUAAAUGGCCUCCAAAGAGUCCAGAAGAGUUACGCACUUUCAUGAUGGAAUACUGUCAUCAAAACAGCAUUCCUUAUGAAGGAAUUAAUGAAGUUUUCAUAUUAUUCAGUGUUUGUCUUCAUCAGCUGACUGCGCAUCAGAGCAAUCCCACGUGGAGUGAGAACGCUUUGUCCCGUAUUCCAUGGAUUUCAGUAUUUAAGUUGCUGUUCAAAUAUAAGUUACGGAAAUUGAAUUUUGGGGAUAAACUAUCUCAAGAGGAGGGAGAACGUGAGAUAAUGGUGGCAAUGAAUCGUGAGAAGAUAUCUUCAUUCGUAGAAAGCCAGUGGUUGUGUUACUUACGUAUGAAGGACAAAGAAAUGGUUUAUGCAGCAACUAAGCGACAGUCUGCAGUGUGUGAUUUUGCAAGAGACGGCGAAACAGAAUGUGGUUUGAAAAGGAAGUCAGUUGAUAACGACCCCAGUGUUAAAAAAAGACUUUCCAAUCAGCCGCCUCUCCACACGAACGUUGAAAAUGUCAACACGGCUCUCCGGAAGUUGUCCGAGUGGUUAGACGAAUGUUCCAGCAAGCAGUGGGAACUGGGAGAGAAGCUAAAGACUGCUGUCUGUGAUGAUGGAACCUGAACACCAACUAAUGUUAUUAUUCCCUUCUACAUUUCAAGCAUAUGAGUGUAAUUAAUAUAAAACACUGUCGACUUUAAUAAUGUUUAAAUUUAUGAAGUGUCUCAGGAUGUUGUACUGCAAAUGGUUUGAAGAUGGUGUAUAAAAUUGAAUAAUAUCCAGUGACUUGGAACAUAUUGUGGUUUUGAUUAAGUUGUUUAAGUAAUUUUAACUCAAUAAAAUGUAUUUAAUUGUGGUAA